AUGGCCAGUCUCGAGAACAAGUACAUCAAAAUAUCCAGUCCUGCUCCGCAUGUGUUGUUGUUAGAGUUGAACAGACAGCCAGUCAAUGCAUUCAGUACAGAGCAAGUCGAGUACGAAUGUACAUUCGACGCACUUUCGAGGCAUCCGGAUGAUAUCCGCGCAGUCGUCCUUUCAUCCGCAUUUCCUAAUGUAUUCAGUGCAGGGAUCGACUUCCAGGGACUUAUGAAUCUCGGUGCCAGCGACGCCAUGGAUCCUGCACGGCGCGCAUUUCUUAUCAGUGACGACAUACUCUUCAUCCAACACGCUGUAGCAGCACCUGAGCGGUGCCCAAUUCCCGUCAUAGCAGCAGUGCAUGGGAUCGUGAUUGGUCUGGGGAUAGACAUCAUCUCCGCGUGCGACGUCCGAUAUGCAGCAUCGGACGCGAAGUUCUCCAUCAAGGCUCUCGAUAUGGGGCUGGCAGCUGACGCCGGGACGCUAGCUUAUUUGCAAAAGAUUACCGGGAAUCAUUCAUUAGCUCGCGAGCUCGCGUAUACUGCACGGACGUUCUCGAGUGACGAAGCGGAGAAACUUGGCCUUGUUUCUAGGGUUGUCCAAGGAGGGAGGGACGCAGUCGUGGCUGCAGCAUUGCAAUUGGCCAAAGAUAUCGCUUCGAAGAGCCCUGUUGCAGUGACUGGAACAAAGCGCCUCCUUCUGCACGCCAGGGAUCACAGCGUUGCUGAGAAUUUGCAGUACACGGCAACUUGGAAUUCAGCUGCGCUUCAGGCUACGGACUUACAGCAGUCAGUCAAAGCGGGGAUGGCCAAAUCAAAGGAGUCCCCGAAGUUCUUGUCAUUGAGGCCCAAGCUCUAG